AUGGGGCGUGACAUUACAGUCAUUGAGAAAAUCAUUCUCUCAAUGACACUCAAAUUUGACUAUGUGGUGUGUUACAUUGAAGAAUCGAAUGACAUUGAUAGUCUUUCGAUUGAUGUGUUGCAAAGCUCACUAUUAGUUCAUGAGCAAAGGAUGACAAGCCAUGUUGUGGAGGAGCAAACCUUGAAGAUCACUACUCAUGAAGGAACUACCUCUCCAGGAAGAGAGAAGGAAACCAAGGUAAAUUUUGCUGAGACUGAAAAAGAAAUGCUCUUGAUGGCUUUCAUUGACAAGAAGGAGAAUUCAUCAGGUGAUAAUUGGUAUUUAGAUUCGGGUUGCAGCAAUCACAUGUGUGGAAACAAGUCUUUGUUUUAUGAUUUGGAUAAAACAUUCAGAGAAACUGUGAAGCUUGGGAACAACUCCUACAUUUCUACCAUGGAGAAAGGGGAUAUCAAAUUCCAUAUGAAAAACAACACUGAGCAGACAAUUUCUAGUGUGUUUUAUAUCCCAGAUUUGAAAAGCAAUCUCAUCAGUACGGGCCAAUUAUAA